CAACACGCUUGCUUGUCUUCUCGUCCCUCCCCACUCGUCUACAAGCUGCACUUCCUGGAUACGCGUGCUGGAAAACAGCUCACCAGGAUUUGUUUUUAUUUUCCCAUGAACACAUUUUUCCUUUUACCUUCUGCUUUUACACAAACAAAAAGCCAUUUCUAAACGACGCUUGCUUGUGCUCGCGGGAUUACCGAUGAUAACGUAGCAGGACAGCGAGGUGGAGGGCGAGCGCCACGUCACCGAUUACCUCUCAGCCAGAACAACAAACCCUCGGCCGUCGCUGUGAAGCAGACCGCGAGCAACCUCCGCUGCUGCUGUCCCCGACCAGUCUGGCUCGGGUUUUCCUUGUUCCUGAGUAAGAACGGUCACCCAGCAGCUGAAGAUGACAGCGUCUAACUCGGGCCUAAUCAUGAACGUGGUGAACAGCAUCGUUGGAGUCAGUGUGCUCACCAUGCCCUUCUGCUUCAAACAGUGUGGAAUAGUGCUGGGCACCUUCCUGCUGUUCUUCUGCUCCUGGAUGACCCACAAGUCUUGCAUGUUCCUGGUGAACACAGCCAGCACCACUAAACGAAGGACCUACGCUGGACUGGCUUUCCAUGCUUAUGGAAAAGUAGGAAAAACUCUGGUGGAAACCAGUAUGAUCGGCUUGAUGCUGGGGACGUGUAUCGCCUUCUACGUUGUCAUCGCUGACCUGGGCUCAAAUUUCUUUGCUCAGCUGAUGGGUUUACAGGUGACCGGUAGUUUCCGUGUGCUGCUGCUGAUCGCCGUGUCGCUGUUCAUCGUUCUGCCCCUGAGUCUGCAGAGGAACAUGAUGUCCUCCAUCCAGUCCUUCUCAGCCAUGGCUCUCAUCUUCUACACCCUCUUCAUGUUCACGAUGGUGCUGUCCUCGUUCAAACACGGGCUGCUCAGCGGCUGGUGGCUAGGGCAGGUCAAUGUGGUGCGCUGGGAGGGUGUGUUUCGCUGUUUCCCCAUCUGUGGGAUGGCCUUCGCCUGUCAGUCGCAGGUGCUGCCAACCUACGACAGCCUGGAUGAGCCGUCAGUCAAACGCAUGAGCACCAUCUUCACCUCAGCCCUCAAUGUGGUCACCAUCUUCUACAUCACUGUUGGUUUCUUUGGCUACGUCAGCUUUACCGAGAACAUCGCCGGCAACGUGCUGAUGAACUUCCCAUCCAACCUGGUGACUGAGGUGAUCCGUGUGGGUUUUAUGAUGUCUGUGGCUUUUGGGUUUCCUAUGAUGAUCUUACCGUGCCGCCAGGCCAUCAACACCAUGCUCUUUGAGCAGCAGCAGAAGGAUGGGACAUUUGCUGCCGGAGGUUACAUGCCUCCUCUGCGCUUCAAGAUGAUCACCCUCUGCAUCGUGUUUGGCACCAUGCUGGGAGGCAUUCUCAUCCCUAAUGUGGAGACCAUCCUGGGUCUGACUGGUGCCACCAUGGGGAGUCUCAUCUGCUUCAUCUGUCCUGCUCUCAUCUACAGAAAGAUCCAGAAGAAUUGCUUUGUUUCUCAGCUGGUGCUUUGUGUUGGUCUGGGAAUCCUGCUCAUCAGCACCUUCACCACCCUCUCCAUUUCUGCCAGUGGCCCCAGCUCCAAGGUUCAGCAUCCUCCCCCAGCACCAGACAGGAACAUUGCCCCGCUGCCGAACCUCCCUGAACCACACGACAAUCCUCCAGACAAGAACCCAGCGGAGAUAGAACAGCCCGAUCUUCCACCUGUGGAUGUCGUUCGACCCGCAGAGAAAGAGCAGGCUGAGCCGCCUCAGAUCAAAGGACCAGUUGAACAACCUGAUAGGAAGGAGGAGGAGGAGGAGGUGCAGUUGGACCGCCCUGACGCUGGCGUAGCAGUUCCAGAGGCUGAAGCCCACCGCCACGAACCUCCCAACCCUCAUGACAACGUCAAGGUGGAUUCCAGAAAGAACAACGCGGAGCUGGAGGAGGUCAAGCAGCAGCCUCCUGCUAAGAGCGUUGAGGAAGAACCCAAAGCUGAGGAGCAGGAGCAUGCUCCCAAGGUGGAAGACACAAAAGACAAUAAGGUCAAUGAGAAACACAAAGAGGCUGCUGCAGGAAAACCAGGCAGUCGGGUCGUGUCCAACGAGGUGCUAGAUAAGCACGAUGAAGACGCUGGCAAAAAGGAGGGUGUAGCUGCGCUAAAACAGGUGGAAAACCUCAAUCCUGAAAAAGAUGGAGGACAUGCAGCUGCAGAGGUGAACGCUGCUAAACCUCCUAAAUCUGCAGAAAAGGCUCCGCCUCCUGACGGAGAGCAUCAUCCUGCUGCCGAUGAAGCUGCAGCUGUUGACAGCAAAGAUGCAGCAGAUGAAAAGAUGGAGGUGAUAAAAAAGCUGGUUGCAGAGGGCCAGCUGGACCAUGCGGUGCUGCUGCAGGUGAUCAAAGAGCAGCAGCAGCAACAGAAGAGACUUCUGGACCAGCAGGAGAAAUUACUGGCUGUCAUCGAAGAGCAGCACAAGGAGAUCCACCAGAAGCAGCCAGCUGGAGCUUCUGAUGUGGAAGCUGAGAAAAGUGUUCAGGAAGGUGGAGCAGUGAAGCCCAGAGAUUCUGGCCUGGCACCCGAGCCCAGGGGAGACGGAGGGGCUCCAGCUGCAGCAGAAGGACACGCUGCAGCUCAGAAUCAAGCGCCGGCCGGGGAAGCUGAAGUGGCUCCUCCAGCUGCUUACAAGGAGGACGACGAUAAAGCUCCGCCAGUAGGAGAGUCUCAAAAGCAGAGUGAGCUGGGAGCUCGAGGAGUCCCGCUAGGAAAGAAAAGUCCUGAUGACAUUCAGCCUGUGGUCCAGAACGGUCAGGCUGAAGAGGUGAAAGGUGAGGAGAAAAGCAUAGACAAGCCAAAGGAGACAAGUGAACAUCUAAAAAAAGGAAAGCUGGAGAAAAAAGUUGGUGAAACAAACAAGAAAGAAAAGCAUGAUGUGGAUCUGAAGGAAAGAAUGAGCAAAGAAAUGCAGCUGGAAAAGGAAGAUCUGGACCGAGAAAGGGUAGAAAAGGAGGGAAAGGAAAAGCUGGUUCUAGAGCAGCAACGAGAGAGAAACGAGAAAGAAAAGAUGGAGAAAGAAAUUCUAGUACAGUUGGAAAAGGAACGACUGGAAAGGGAGAAAAGAGAGGAGGCGCUCAGAGAGCGGGAGCUGCAGGAAGCAAAGCUCGCACAGCAGCGUCAGAGAGCCGACAGUGAAAUAAACGACAGAGCCAAGAAGGUGCUGCAGGUGGAGGAGGCUCAGGAGAGGCUGGCCCAGCUGCAGAGGGUCGUGGAAGCCAAAGUUGCUGGGAAACCUCAGGGGAGCGAGGGAGGAGAAGGAGAAGCUCUGAAGAAUGGAGGGCGAGACCUCAAAGAAGAAGCCGGUGCUGAGGCAGAGCCGGGAGGAGGAGGCGUAGACGGGGCCCUCAGAGAUGAACCCCACGAGAAGCUGAGUGAGAAGGGAGCCAUGGAUCUGAGGAGGAGGAGGAGGAGGGCACUGAGACCCCUGAGGGACUCGGGAGAGUCCAGAGGUGUUCCUGGGCUGGAGCCCCUACUGGAGCUGGGGGGCUCUGACCUGCAUGCAGCUCUGGAGCUGCAGCUGCUGGGUGGGGCAAUGGUGCACUCCAGGCAGAUUAAACAGGCCCCCGAGGAGGAGGAUGGGGCCAAAUAACACACACACACACACACCCCAAAUACUGUGGACCGACUUUCCGCUGCCUUACAGUCUGAAAGGUUUUGGACCAAAUAUUCGCCCGGGUCUUUACUAAAGUUUGUAAAUAUUAACUUAUUUUUGACUUUAGAGGGGACACGUCUAAAGAGGUCACUGUGUAAAUGUAAAUACAUCCGUGCACAUCCCAUCUGUGGAAUAGCUUCUGGAAAAAUGCUGUUUUUACGUAUUUGUGUGUUUCCUAACUGAGCAGUUUGAAGUCUCAGUUUGAGCGUUAUUCGGUUUCCUUUUUGUUGUUUGUGUGGAAACGCUGAAAGUUUCUGUGGCUUUAGGGUUCUCACCCAGACGGACCACUAAUGUGGGUGACAGCUCCUCUGUGUUAAACAGAAUUUACCUCGUUAAUUUUCCACGGCGUACUCUGAAGUAAUGUCUAAAUAUCCCAGAUGAUUCACCUCUUCCUCUGACUUAUUAGUGCCUUUUGACCCACAUGCUGCCCUACAUUUAAAUAAACAAGGCAUCUGUUUUCCUUUGUUCUAAAUAUUGUUGAAAAUCUGAACUUAGUUUUAUCACAUCUUUGCUUUAUACAAGAGUAUUUUUCUAUGUGUAAAGUAAGAGUCAAUAAAAGAUGGACAAGAUUGAACUUUGGUCUGUUUAAGUAAAACAAAGAAGGAACAUGUUCCUCUGUUACAGAAUAAAGUUAAAUCACACAAAACUUCA